AUGCCGGGAAAGGUGGCCACAAUGCCUGCUGCAAGUGGCGCGAGUGUCGCAACCGCAGCCGCUCCUGCUGCUGCAAAGCCGGUGACACGUACUCGCAGCGCUGCAGGUGCUAGAGCCACGACCACCACGACCACUCCAGCUAGCACAUCCCGCACCGCACCCAAGAAGGCGUCAGAAGGGAGAACGGGGGCUGCGCUAUCAUCUGCUUCCUCGAGCCGCGCGACCUCUGCGACAAUUGCAUCAACAUCGUCCGCCACUGGCCGAUCGACCUCGACCACCUCGACGCGAACCACAGCAUUGAGUUCCCGCACAGCGUCCGCGAGUAAAACAGCUGCAGUGAGCGUGAUGCCCACCGUCAAGGGCGCAUUAGCAUCAUCCAGUACGUCUCGGAUACGGUCAGCACCUGCUGCAGCCGCAACGAAGGCGAAGUUCCCAGUCUCGCAGCAGCCUCCCUCUUCUACAGACGCAAGCUGGACUGAGGCAGAGGUGCUUGCAGCGCUCGCCUCGCCUCGGUCGUUGCCGACCACAUUGCCGCACUUCGUCCUCCUUCAGCUCGGUACUACCGCCACAGAGCUCGAUCUCGGCACCGAGCUCGGCAACUCCCCUUCCUUCACCUCCCCGCCCGCCAAGCUAAGUCCUGCUCGCUGCGUCUAUUUCGCCAAGCAGCUCGUGAAUGCUGGUCUGGCCUUCUUCGCAGAGCUUGUCACAACCGGCUGGCUAGCAACAGGCAAGGAGACAAGCUCCGAAGUUGAGCAUGUCAUUGCAGCCAUCAACACGUUCCGCAUCGCAUCCCGCUUCCUUCUCUCGACCCACCACGCCAGCGCCUCCCAGAGCUCGGGCAAGCAGAAAAAGCUCGAGGUCGAGACCGUCAUUCUCCGCACUUGCUCGAAGCUCAGAACAGUCGGGCUCACAGACAUCGCCCGGGCCGAAUGCGAGUAUCUCGAACGUCUCAUCGUGAGCGUCACCUCUGAGGACACGUCGCAGCACGUCACCUUCUUGCCGCCAUUCCAACACACGACCAACUCGAUAUCGGAACCAUCACCCGCCCGCAUCUCGUUCCUAGUUGAUCUGCAGUCCAACCGUGUAUCCCACGCUCUCGAAUCGGCCAACUCAUCCACGUUGGACUUGAUCUUAGCAGAUCUCAACCACGAAUACGGUCCUCUCGCGUGGCAGCUCUAUGGCCGCCGGCAUGGUGGCGAAGUCCGCGUUCUGGACCGCGCCGCUUUCGCAACAGAACGCUCCAUCUCGAAAGCUCUACAGCGGCUCGAAGCACCUAACAAUCAAGAGUAUCUCCCCUUGCGCACUCUCGCCUUACAAUUGCUCGUCCAAGUCAGCGACAUUGACUUGACUGCCUUCUGGGAGCGGGUAGCGCGUGCCGGCGGCGCGGUCCUCAAGACGGCACAGAGCCAAGGAGAGGAUGUCGCUACAGCUUAUGACGCCGUGCAAGACACCUUCGAAACAAUCAUCGCCACUGCCGCCAAUGUCGCCGAGAAUUCAGAAGCAAAGACGAAGCUUCAAGGGGAAGGGUUCCAGCGCUUCUGCGAAUACUGGCUCAGCUUUGCCAGAAAGGCCGGAAGCUCGGUCGGAAUCGAACGUGCUACUGCGGCGUUGUCAGGGGAGAGCCUAUCUGCGCAAUCUGGGUCCGCCGACUGUCCUAUCGCAAUCCAUGACACGGGGCCGAACACUGCAGAGGUCAGUUCAUCGAAGCUGGUCACGCUUCGAGCUCAUCUGAGCGACACGGACAUCGCCAAGAUCUGCGCCGCCCUCACCGGGAGCGUGCUUGCGCUUGACAACGUCCUGGCCGGCAAGUCGGAAGAAGGCACGCAGGCCAAGCUCGACGAAGCUGCCCGGAUCCUGACGCAAAAAGUCGCAGCUUGGCCUGUCACCGGUCCGAUGUCUUCGCAGCUCAAGCUGUAUCGCGUUCUUGACCAGCUCCACCGUCGCAGCUGCAGCAAGCUCAGCAGUCAGGGUUGCGACAGCAAGGGUCAGCCCAAAGCCGAUCCGACCGGCUCUGCCAAUGUCGACAAGCUCGCUCAGGCCUGCCUGCAGCUUCUACUCAGCCUCCUCGCGCAUUGCGAAGCAUCGACCACCAGCUCAUCGUCUUCCGAAGUGGGAGCUGAGUCCACACCUGCACGCACCGCCUCCCUUCCGAGCAGGGACGCGUGUCUCACCGAUAUUGUCUACGGCUACAGAGUGCUUGCCAACAAGCUCUUCAACGCCACUUCGCGCGUCGCCCGUCAAGACGCUUUUAGCGAGUUGAAAAAGUGCCGAGAUAUUAUGCAAACCGGUCUGGCGCAGUCGCUUCCCAACAACGUGGUCGCGGAACAGCUGCGGCUUCUCUCCACCAGCUUCUACAAUCCAGCGGGCAUUCUCUACAACGCAGCCAGCUACGUCGAGGCUGCCGAGUUUCUCCAACUUGCUGUUGACUGUGACGACGAAUCUUUGCAGCUUCUUCAGGCAGCAGAUUCUGCCCUAGAACAGCACGAGCUCAACGGCACUCUCAUCAAGCGACGCGAAGCUCUUAAUAAGAAGCUCGAGUACACCGCGGUGGCGUAUCGCUUUGCGGGCAGCAAGGCCGAAGCCUUGCGAACCUACCGCCGACUGCUCUUUUCACAUGCACGUGUCUUGGGAUCAACCCUAGAUCAUCACGUCGGCAGCAGCAGCAUUGAAGAAGUCUUCAAGAUGGCAGACACCAAGGGUCUUUCUGGUGCGAUCAAGGCUGUCGUCGACCUCAGCGUGUACGAGCUUUCUUUGGACAUGGACCCGCACGACCAGGACCACAGCCUUGUCACUUGGCUCACGGAGAGCAACGAGGUGCAAGCUAGUGUCAAGGGCGCCAUCCUCGAACACUGCGCUACACUCGUAGAGGCCCGCUCGCAUCUCUCAAAUGCGGUCAGGGCCAUCAGCAACAUCCAGCUAGCUCUGCUGCAGGUCUAUGAUGCUACAGGGUUCCCGCUCCGCCGUGCAAGGACCUUGGCGCGAAGACUGGAGAUGGAUGUCUUGUCUCAUGCCCUCUCGCUCUCGGAAGAUGAAGUGACUGAGCUGGAGGAAGAUGCAAUUGCCUGUCUUGACGCACAGGCUCAUGCAAACGACGAGGGACUGCUGCGUUUCAAGGCACAGUAUCGCUGUUCCAUCUUGCUUUCGACUGCGCUGCACGCUCGCCUGCGUCAGCCAUUCGAAAAUCCUCAGACCGUCGCUACAAAGGUGGAAGUGGCCUGCAAGGAUCUCUCCUUGUCAUUCACUACAUCAGCGAGAGCAUCACAGCCAGCGACGCCUCAAGCUCCUCGCAGCUCCCCAAGGACUUCAUCGGAAACGCCCGUAGCCACACCAGGAACUAGAGGUGUGCCUCGUAAGGCGCUACGAGUGCCAGGCAGGACCGCGACCGCACGUAAGGCGCUCGUCCAGCGCGCGGCCCCAACGCAAGCAGUUGUCACGCCCGUUGCUGAUCCAAAAACGCCGCCUUCGAAGACGGCCAAGCCUAUCUUUGAUGCGCCUGCAUCGUCCUUGGCCCUUCGCUCUUCUCCGUCGAAUGUAGCUGGAGGAGCAGGCAGGCUCGACCGCCCGGAGCACUUCUGCCAGUCCUUGUUGACCUAUCACGAGGCUUUCUCAGCACUCGCCCUCACUCGGUGCAGCGUGCAGAUCCUCAAAGCUGUACGUCAGGCAGCGCGCCACCGCGCAGAGAUCGUGCUUGGCCUCGAGGGGCUCUUCUGCCGUGCAUCUGCGGACCUUUGUUCGGCAUAUCUCGCACUUGGAAAACCAGCUCGUGCCGAAUCAGUCCUUCGAUCGGCGACAAGCGUGCUCGGGAGGAGUGCUUCUCCUAGCUCACCUUCCGGCAAGCUGCUGUUGGUCUCGCAGGACGUGCGUUUCCGUUAUUUGAUGGCGCAAGCGCAGCUUCUCGCCCAGGAGCGCGACCUUGCCGGCGCGCAAGCCCGAUUCGCUGAGGGUCUCAAGAUGGCCAAGGCACCGAGCAAAAGCGAGAAAUCUGCAACGAGCUCCAUGGACCGCCUCCGUCAACGAGAAAGGCAAGCAAUUGCAUUCUCAACAUGCGCUCACGUGCAAUUAGCACGCGGCGAUUUGGCAGCCAGCAUCGAGGCGACCACGCUCGCUCUGCGCCAGCUCAUUCGACUGUCCAGCAACCUCUCCCACAUUGCCACCAGGAUGCAGAUCUCAGAGCAGGAUGCGUCGCAGAACCUGCACUCCGACGGAUUGGCGCCAUCGAGCGACAUAGUGAUGGAGUCAGCUGCCGACCAGCAAAAGCAAGCCGAGGAGCAGCACCUGCCCAAAUUCUGCGGAUCUACCUUCUCAGGCCUCUUCUGGAGAUGCUGCGGGUUGCUCCUCGAUAACUAUACACGUCUCAGUCGUCUGCACAGUGUCCGCGGCUCGGCCGUCGACGCAGAGGCGAUGGCGGGCGAAGGCAUCGACUUUGCGACCUCCUUGCGAUUCGCUCUGCCGCUCGCUCGCGCGCUCGUGCAGCGAGGCGAAGUACGACUUCAGCUCAACAAAGCCGAAGGGGGACAGGACGACUUGUCGCGCUGUCUCGAGGUGCUGCAAAAUACUUGGAUACCGGAGGUGGUGUCCCUGUCCUAUGUGCAGGGUGACUGCCUCAUGCGCAUCGAGCAGCUGGGCGAGGCGCUCCGUUCGUACACAGCCGGUGAGGCUACGUUGCGCUCUCUCAGCUCCGCUUUCGCUGAGGCCGAACAGGUGCUGGCUUCGCCGAUGCCAAAGUCCGGGACCCAUCAGCGGAGGAUCUCGAGUCUGACCUCACCGGGGCAACAGCUUCGAGCCCGACUCAGCAACGGUGUAGAGAUGGACCUGGUGCUGCCCGAGCUGCAGUCCAGACUCUUGCAGAGACAGGCUUGGAUCUUGCAUUUGAUGGGUGAGUUCGAAAAGAGCGAGCAAGCGGUGGAAAAGGCGGCUUCGAUCCGAGACGGCCUCGCCACAGUCGAUGCUCGUGUCGAGCAGUUCGUCGUGGAGGGCAGGAUCGCACUUCGAAGAGCGCUCGAGCACCUCAAGAACGAUCACUUCUUCAGCAUGCUGCCGGAAGCGGCCAUCUCCAUCCCGAUGGUGCCGUCGGUCAGCGUUCGCACGCUGGUAGCACCGGCCGGAUCACACCAAAGCAUCUCGGAGGAGACCGUCAAGACGGCAAUUGCAAUGCUCGCCCCUGCUGACUCGGCUUUCCGAGAGGCGCUCUCUCUUGGCUUGCUGUCUUCGCAUUCGCUGGUGCUGCGUGAAGCGUUUGCCAGUCUCGCUCAGGUUCACACUACGCAGGCAGCGCUUGGUAAGAAUGUCAAAAUGGCGGCCAACGCUGCUGCGGGACUACUGGACUGGGCUUCAAGCGUUGGUGUCCGCCGGAAUCUCCUGGUGGCCAUCUCUGCCAAAUUGCGGGGCUCCAAUAUGGCCACAGACGAUCAAGAGUGGCCCAGCAUAACGAGCGGCGAUCUUCAAAGCGCGCUCGUAUCUCGCACCCAGCGGGGCCGCAGCAUUGAGGCAGAGGAUCUCGACGAAGCAGAUGCUUUGCCCACUCGACUCGCCAAGCUGUCGUUGAACGGCAAAGCGGAUGCAGGCGCGACCUCUACACCAAGCCACCCUUUCUCUGCGUUCUGGCAGUCGGUUCGACUCCGUCAUCAGCAAGCCCAGCACGAAGCCGGCGCCGCCAAGCAUCUUCUGCCGCGCAACUGGACCGUCAUCUCCAUCUCCGUCCGCAGCACCGAUGUCGAGCACCUGGUGCUGACCCGCCAAGAAGGAGGUGGAGGCCCAGACGGAUGCACUGCCAAGGAAGCGGUGCUCUACAGCCUGCCAAUGAACCGGCGCAGCCAACGAGAUGGGACGGAAGAGGAAGAAGAGCAGCUGACGCUCAAAGCUGCUCAGGACAAGAUCGUCGAGAUCGUUCGUCUCAGCAACGACGGCAUCCACGGCGUCAAGGAUGUUCAGAGCAUGGAAGCAAGAAGGCAGUGGUGGACCGAACGUCAUCGUCUCGAUGACGAGCUGCGUGAUCUACUUCAGGCCAUGCAGGAUACCUGGUUGGGCGGCUUCAAGGGCGUCUUCUCGGAUCCGACUUCGGACGCGCGAGCUACUGCUGCGCUGCGAGCAAAGUUCGAGAAGAUCAUCCGACGUGCUUGCUUCCCGACGGCCAACAAACGACCCGCCAAGCUCAAGCUCGAUGACGCGGUCUUCGAGUGCUUCGCGGGCCUGCCAGUCGACUGCACGGAUGAGGACCUGGAGGACCUUGUGCACUAUGUGAUGGAUGCACUGCAGUUCAGCGGCUUCCAGGUGGCGGUGGACGAGAUCGAUCUGGACGAGACGGCCAUGGACCUGCGCGGAGCCUUGGAAGAAUUCAACGGCAAGAAAUCACAGACGUCUCCAAACAAGGCCAGCAUGGCUUACGUUGCGAUCGACGAAGAGGAGCAGGCGCAGGAUCAUCACAUCUUCCUGGUGCUCGACAAGGAUACGGCUAUCUUCCCGUGGGAGUCGAUGCCGAUCCUCCGCAACCGAGCAGUCAGCCGUAUCCCGUCGAUGGCCUUCUUGCAAGAUCGGAUCGAACUGGCAAAGGUCUUCUGUCAGAAAGCCGAAGUCGGACAAGACGACCAGGAAAUGGACGAGCUCGAGCUGAGUCCUUUGCAGAAAGGCAAACAUGCGGCUCGAUCUGCGCUGCGAUCGCCGACGAAAGGCUCGCGAACCACAAAAGCAACUAGUCUUGGCAGCAAAAGCCAGACGCAGGUAGACGAACCCGCAGCCUCGGCUGCGUCGGACUCAGCCUGGCAAGUAGCGCUUCGCAACGGCAAGCUCUUCAGCCUCUCUCAGCGCAAGACGUUCUACCUGCUCAACCCAGGAGGAGACCUGUUGCAGAGUCAGGACCGCUUCGAGCCGUGGCUCAAGCAACGUGGUGCCAGUCAGGGGUGGAAGGGCAUUGUUGGUCGUCAACCGAUUGUAGACGAGCUUCCCGACGCGCUCUCAUCGUCCGACCUUGUGCUGUACUUCGGCCACGGCGGAGCGGAGCAGUUCAUCCGGCAAUCGAAAGUGCGAGAGCUCCAGCGGUGCGCUGUGGCGAUGCUGUGGGGCUGCUCAUCGGCGAUGCUACACGACAAUGGCGAAUUUGAUCGCACAGGCACGCCGCUCAACUACAUGUGUGCCGGUGCCCCUGCGAUGGUGGGCAACCUGUGGGACAUGACGGAUCGCGAGCUCGACUCGGUCUGCGAAGGCGUGUUCGGUCGGUUGGGACUCAUGGAGGCAAAGGAGCGGGCGGAAGUCAAGCCGGCCGCGCGGAACAUCAAGCUGGACCGCAAGGGCAAUCUGGAAGCGACCCGACGACCGACAGAGAUGUCACUGGCCCGCGCGGUUGCCGAGAGCCGCAACGACUGCAGAUUGCCGUACCUCACUGGCGCUGCCACCGUCGUUUAUGGUGUGCCCGUGUACUGGAACGAGAGCAAUCUUUAG